AUGUACGGAUAUGCCCCAUCAGCUCCAGCUCCAGCCAGCUGCAGCCCGCCCCUCCAAAACCUUGCCCCUCCAACCCCUCACCUCCCAAAUCCAGACAGCUACUCCCUCCAAGCUCCCUCUCUCUCAACAUCCUUCCACGCAUCAUCACCACACAAACCUCGAAAGCUCCCCUCGAAGAGAUUGCCCUCCAUAACCCUACCUCCGACAUCACACAUACCUACCCACCUCGCCAAGAAGCCCAACAUGGUCUACACCCUCACCGUCCACCUCCACGCAAACGACCACCCGGACUCGGUCGAACGCAUAAAGGCAAAGCUCAUCGAGGCCUCGCGCGUCUACUCAAAGGACCGCGAGACCGUCAGCUGGUUCGUCAUGCAGGACGUCCACGACCCCAGGUCCUUUACCAUUGUCGAGCGCUUCGAGACGGAAUAUCACUCCCUCCCUCCCUUCACUUUCAGUGUCCUAUGCUGGACAGAUUCGCUGAUCCGUUGUCCUCCCCCCGUGCAGAGCCAAAAGUACCACCUCGAGAACCCUUACUGGAAGACCUUUGAUCCCUAUGUUGUGCCAUUGCUCGACCGCCCCAUGGACCUGAGAAGACACGAGGAGCUGGAUACUUCCAAGGACGUUGUCGUGCCCCAGUAA